AUGGUUUAUCACAAUCUAUCAGCAUUUCUUUUCGCUCCUUUUAUCCAUCUUGAGGAUUUUCAUCUCUAUCAAAGCUUAGCCUCGUUGCUAUGGAAAGGGUCAAAACUUGAAGAACGGCUUGGAAGUCUUGGAUUUGGUAUUCUUUUAGUCUAUCUAAUUGUCCUAUCUCAAGCUCUAAUUCUAGUUGGAGCUUUUUUAAUCCCAUUGGGACCAUUUCAUGAAUGUUUUACUGGAUUUUCCAGUAUCCUUACAGCCAUGAAGGUCAUUUUGACAGUCAAAUCACCGACAUUUACAAGAUUCUACAAUUAUCAAGUUCCGACAAAAUAUGGAGCGUGGUUUGAGCUCCUGAUUACCUACAUUUUCGUCCCAAAGUUACCAUUACUAGCUCAAGCUGCUGGACUGAUUGCAGGAUAUAGUUAUAUCGUGACACCAAAUGCAGAUGCAUUGGUUGCGUGUGCUUCAUGCAAUAUUCGACACUUUUUGAUUCGUAUUGGGCUGAUAAAGAGACCAGAGCAAUGGUGGCGUGUAUGGCCGAGGUUUCGGAAUGCUGUCCGAAGAAGAAUAUCAUUGCAAAAGACGUGA